UCGCCCGCCCACGACGCUCCGCUGUUUACUCUCGUUCCCUCCCUCACCACCACCUUCCCGCAUUCCUCUACCCACCGCUCUCCCACUAGCCAUGCAAGCCGCGCCGCAGUCCUCUCUCCCGCGCAACGCGCUGCGCGUGGUGUCGGUGGCGGCGGUGGUGCUGCUGGCGUACUUCCUCGGCCGCCCCAUCUACUGGCGCCUCGCCGCCACCGACGUCGGCCCCGACGCGCCCAUCCCGCCCGAAGUUGACCCCGAGGUGGCGCGCCUGCGGUCCGUGGUGGAGGGCGCCGCUGCUGGGGAGGGCGCCGCUGCUUGGGAGGGCGGUGCUGCUGGGGAGGGCGUCGAAGGCGUCGUCACAGAUGCUCACAGCAGGGGGGGGGAGGACGGCAUGCAGGCACACAUGGCGGACGAGGGGGCAGGGGAGGGGAGCAGUGUGGGCGGAAGAAUAAACAGUAGCGGUGGGGAUGGGGGGCCACGCGAGGAGGAGGGCUUGCAAGGAGGCAGUGCAGGCACGGACAGGACUCAGAGCAACGGGGGCGGCCAGAGAAACGGCGAGGAGGGCAGGGAUGGGGAUGGCGCUAGGGACGAGAGUGGGGAGGGGGGAGCAGAGGGGAAGGAGGAGAGUGAGGGCGGAGGGCUGAGGGAUGGUGCGGGGAAGAGUGAGGAGGCUGCGGAGGAUGGGGACGAGGGAAAUGGAGGAGCAGAGAGAGAUGAUAAGGGCGGCGACGCGGAGGAGGUCGGCAGAAAGAAAGUGAAGCAGGCCUCGGAGAGCAGUGAUGGUGAGGUGGAGCAAGAAGGUGGAGAGAAAGCUGCAGCAGAUGACGAGAAUGGCAGCGAUGCAGACGCAGGUGCACAUGGUGGCAGGGAGAGUGCCGGCACGGGUAAAGGUGAGGCAGGGGGCAGAGAGGAGGCACAAGACGGUACAGAUGAGGAAGCAAGUAGCACAGGGGGCGAGGAGGCGGAGGAGCCAGAUGCGGACUCCAUUCGGGUGAGCAGCCGCAAAAUGAAGACCCGCAGGAGCUCAAAAUCGCGGUCUCACACUGAAGAUGAGGGGGAAUGAGAUGAGAGGCAGCAAUCAUCUAGGGACAUUGUGACAGGAGGGGUACCUAGGUUCCAGCUCAUGACACUUCAUCCCAGACUUCUGGCAUGGGCGGAUCUGUUUGUUGCCGUUAUUUGCAAAUUUUGUGGAAGAGCUCUGAAAGGGAUGUUGCUGCUUGUCAAAGCUCAAUGAUGUUGGAAAUACCUCGAAGACUUAAAGCCCGUGGCUAAAAUAGCAGACCCUGAUG